AUGGCCAGCAUCAAAGACGAAGAGGAGUUGGCGCUCGAAAAGCUCGUUUUCGGCGACCACGAGGGCUUCGAGGCCAAUCUCCGCAAAAUCGAAAAUCUCUAUGAAUAUUCCGAUGAGGAGGACGAAUUCCCGCCACAGGAGUCCGACAGCGAAACGGACAACGAGGAUCUCUUCUUCAUCGACGAAAGUGCCGGCGUGGUGGCGGAGAGCGACGACAUGGCCGUAGACACGGAGAUAGCCGCCGAAGAAGAAGAAACGGCAUGGAUCGACUCGGACGACGAGAAAAACAGCGCCAGCGUCACCACAACCCGGGCCAAGAAGUUGCGCCAGGCCGAGGACGAGACCAGUCUCUCUGGCGCCGUUUACACGGCGCGAUUGCGCGCCCAGUUCGAGAAAAUCUACCCGAGACCACAGUGGGCCGACAACUGGUCUAGCGAAGCGAAAUCAGACGACGAGUACUUGGAGGAGGCGCCUGAAGACGCCGAGGUGGGGCUCAACCUCCCUGGAUUGCAUGCGCUUCUUGCCCGCACGACGCAGUAUGUCCAGACCACACACAAGCUACUUCCGCCUAACCGGAUCGAUAUCCAGCGGCUCAAGGACGCCAACGUGGCCAGACGCUCGCGGGGCGGCAUCCAGGGCAUGAGUUUCCACGCACAACAGCCGCUUUUGGUGACCGGCGGCUUUGACCGCACGCUCCGGGUCUACCACAUUGACGGCAAACGCAAUCCAUUUGUUUCGCUGGUGCAUUUCCGCGAUCUGCCGUUCCGGACGGUGAAGUUUCUGCCCCUUGGCGGCAAUGCGGUUUUUGCAGCCGGCCGGAGAAGAUACAUGACCCGCUGGGAUCUCACGUCGGGCGAUGUGGAGAAGAUCCUGCGUAUGUACGGCCAGGACAAGUUCCAGCGGUCGUACGAGUACUUCCAAGUCAGUCCAAGCGGGCAGUGGAUUGCGCUCCUAGGCCUGUCGGGCUGGUGCAACUUGGUCAACGGCGUCACGGGCCAGUAUGUGCGGGGAUUCCGUGUCGACGGCUUUGUGUCUGACUUUGCGUUUUCGGCGGACGAAAAAUUCAUUGUGGUGGCCAACCACGCGGGCGACGUGUGGGAGUUUGACUUGGAGGCCAAGGGUACUCGGAUCAUUCGCCGCUGGACCGAUCCGACCGCGGUCACCGUUACGAAAAUCGCCAUGUGCGGCCGCUGGCUUGCCUUGGGAACAAAGUCCGGUGUGGUGAAUGUUUUCGAUAGAGAAACAUUUGGCCUGGGCAACCCGGCGCCCAUGUGUGUAGUAGACAACUUGGUCACGGCCAUCACGGACUUGAAGUUUACUCCAGAUGGACAAGUGCUCUGUGUGUCGCUGAAACUGAAAAAGGACGCUUUGAAAUUGGUCCACAUGCCGCUGGGAACGGUGUUUUCCAACUGGCCCACGAGCGGAACGCCUUUGGGCCGUGUCACCACUACAGAGUUUUCGCCAAACGGCCAGAUGUUGGCUAUCGGAAACGACGUGGGAAGAAUUACCUUGUGGCGCUUGAACCACUACUAG